AUGCGCUAUAUCCCCGUAUUACUUGUCUUUUGUGCUGUUCUUAAUAUAUAUCAAUGUCGAUAUUCUCUUCUACAAUUGACUGAUACAUGUCUAAAUACAUUUAUUUGGUUUUUAACGGAUUUUCAUCGUUACAUUCAACAACUGAAGGAAUUGCCAAAACCUAUCAGCACAUAUGACCCAAGUAAUAUGCAUUUUAAUUAUAAUUUAUCUGAAUAUCAGCGUGAAUGUCCAGAGCAUCGGUAUAAUAUAGAAAUCAUAUCUCGACGACCAUUGAUUAUCUAUAUCAAAAACUUUUUAACACCAAAUGAAAUGCAGUACUUGCUUAAGUUGGCUGAUCCACAUUUUCAAUAUUCGAAAGUCAUUAACAACGACGGAUCACCGGCAGUCGACGACAACAGUCGUGUAUCAAGCACUGCUUUUCUACAACGUUCUCAAAGUCCAAUUCUUGAAUGUAUUGAGAAACGAUUUGCUGCAUUUCAAGGUAAUAUCAAUCCAUUGCAAAUUGAACCACUACAAGUUGUUAAAUACCAAUCUAAUCAAUUCUUUAAUCCUCAUUUUGAUUGGUUCACCGAUGAAAAUAAUCUCAAUAAAGGUGGUCAACGAAUAACAACAUUUUUUACUUAUUUAUCUGCGAAUUGUACCAAAGGUGAAACAGAAUUCAUUGAGGUCAAAUACAAUCACACAUUACAUUCACGUUUUUGUCAAUUUUUGAUGUGUGAUGACGAGGCAGAACAAUAUGGUCUUCGAUUUCGACCAAUACCAGGAAAUAGCAUAUUUUGGUUUAAUGUUGAUGAAAAUGAAAAUAAUGAUCGGUUGACACUUCAUGCUGGUCGUCCGCCGAGUGAAAAUGGGCUCAAAUUUGGAUUGAAUACAUGGACACGUCAAGCAAUAUUUCAUGGAUAG